AUGGCUGCUAAAGAUGAUUAUCAAGAUUUUAAAACUGCAUUAAACGAUUUAAAACUAAAUAGCAAACCAUUAAUUAAUUUUUUGACAAUCUUAGCUGAAGAAAAAGUACACAAUGCACCACAAAUUGUACGCGCCAUUGAAGAACGUAUACUUGAAAGUAAAAGUGAUCAGAUUCUACCUGCUUUAUAUGUACUUGAUUCAAUAGUGAAAAACUUACGUACAUCAGUUUAUGUUCAAUUAUUUGAAGCAAGAUUACCGUCACUUUUUUCUACAGCUUUUAAUAGGGUCGAUGAACGUACUCGAUCAGCUAUGUUUAAACUUCGUCAAACAUGGCUAUCAUUUUUUAGUAAUUUAUCGUUGUAUAAUCUUGAUGCAAGGACACAUGAUAUUGAUCCAGCAUGGCCAAUUACUGCUAAAGUACCAGAUCCACCUCCAUUCUCACCAACUAUUCAUCUUAAUCCGAAUUUUCUUCAAAGAAAUGCAACAUCAUCUGUAACUUCUACUGAUGUACAACCAAUCACCGAUGAAUUCUGUCAACAAAUCUUACGUUUACAACAAGAAGAUCCUGAUUCAACUGUAUUUCGUACUCGAACUGUAAAUCAACCUCCAGUAUCAGUAGCACCACCUAAAAUAUCUGAAUUGACAUCACGUGGUGAUACAUAUCAUAUGAUACCUAUUGAUAGAAUGGAACAAAUUCGACAAGAAACCGCUCAUGUACUUGAUAUUGGUGUUGAUGGUGAACAACAAUCAAAAAUAAAGAAAUUAAUUGGAAAAAAGAAAAAAACAAAUAAAAAACGUCGUCCAUCAGCACGUUUACGACGACGUACUGCAGCACUUGCACAAGCUAUUGCUAAUAAUGAUCAAGAAACUUCCGAUGAAGAAGAUACUGAUGAAGAAGGAGCUAAAAUUAAUGAUAAUAAUGAUGAUGACGAUGAUGAUGAUGAACCAUUUAUUAUAAAACAAUCAUCUGCUAUUAGUAAUGGACUUCAUGUUAAAUCAACUGUUAGUGUUGCUGAUAGUACUAGUGGUGGAACUGAAAAUGAUGUUGAAGUAUUAUUUGGUGGUACUGAUAAAGAUUAUCGAGAUACAGAUAUAACUUCUCAACAAACAAUAACAAAAACCAAUUCAAGUAAUCUUGAUGCUGAUAGUAUAUUUGAAAUUAAUUCUAAAUGUCUCUCACUUGCUGAACAAAAAUAUAAAUCAAAAGAAUUAUCAUCGGAAGAAUAUCAAGCAACAUUAAAAUUACUUCAAAAUAUACUUGAAAGUGAAGUUAAACGACUUACUGUGCAGCAAAAUGCCAAUUCAUCCCUAUUAAACGGUGCUAAUAAUCAUUCACUAACACAUCAAUCAAAUCCUUUACCCACAACAACAACACCACCAAGUCAUCCAUUUCAGCAACAACUUCUUCAAUUCGCUCAACAACACGCACCACAGACAACAUUGACACCACAACAACCAACUUUAUCAACAUUUCCCACUCCACCAUUUCCAUUUCCGGGUUUUGGUAAUGAUGCAUAUCAUCAUGUUAUGCAAAUAUUAGCUACAGUUGGUGCACCAUCAUCUUAUACAUCAAAUUAUAAUUUUCUACCUUAUCUUCCACCACUACCACCUGCUCCGCCUUCAUUUACACUCGUUCAGAAUACAUUUCAAUCUCAACAACAACAACAACAACCAUCUAUAUCAUCUGAUCAACAAAUGUUUUCUGCUCGUCAAAGUCCACCAUUAAAACGUUCACAUGAUGAAAAUAAUAAUAAUAAUCCAUAUGCCGAUGAAGAGAAUAAACGACCACGUUAUGAUCCCGUUACUGGUCGUGCAACACGUACACGUAAUUUCGAUGAAGAAAAUGUAGCGCCUGUACCAUCAUUAGUCGAUGCAAAUAUAAAUAUGCUGAGAAAAAAAUAUGUGGGUAUUGCUCAACAAUUAUAUAUUGGAAAAUUUCAAUGUCGUUUAUGUGGUCUUCGUUUUACUGCUAAACAAAAACAUCAUUAUACAUUUCAUCUUGAUUGGCAUUAUUUAGAGAAUAAACAAGAAAAACAUUUAAGUACAACAACAUCAGCAGCAGCAUUAUUACAGCGAAGUCGUAAUUGGUAUUCAUCUGUACAAGAAUGGACAAUUUAUGAAGAAAAUAUUGAAGAACAAUUACGAACAGGAAAACUUCUAUCAACACAAUUUCGACCAGUCAAAGAUAAUAAUCUUUUAAUACAAGGAGAAAAUAUUUUAUCAUCAUCAGGUGUAAUUUCUUGUCCUGCAACAGGAAAUGGUGAUAGUGUUGAUGAUCGUUGUUUUGUAUGUCAUGAUCCAUUCGAAAACUUUUUUGAUGAUAAUAGAGAAGAAUGGCAUUUGAAAGAUGCUAUUCGAGUUGAUGGGAAAACUUAUCAUCCAAUUUGUUAUCAAGAUGUUCAAUAUGAGAUAUCACACGAAAAUCUACCAGUAACGGAUGUAUUAUCUGGUGAUACUUCUUCAAUAUCGUCUAAGGAUAUUAUGGAUGUAACCACUAAUCUUUUAUCGGACGCGCCGACAACUGAUUCUGCAACGACUAUGAAAAUCGAGAAUAAUGAUACUAUAGUUGAACCUUCUUCGCUGCCAGAUGAUUCGACACAACCAAAUUAUAUUUCGUCUAUGUCAUUUGUUGAUCUUGUUGAGACCAUAUUCAUAAAAAAAGAAGAUAUUAAACCAGUUGAAAAUAUUGAACAAAUACCUACGAAUGCACAAGAAACAUUAACUGAUACAAGACCUGUAUCUGAAGAUAUUACAUUAUCACCAACUACCGAUGAACCUAUAACUGAAACUCUAAUUAAUAACAGUUCAGAAGAAAUGAGAACGACGUCGGAUUAA